AUGUUUACAUCCAAGGCACCAGAGGCUGAAUACAAACGACUUACUGGAGGCGAUGAUUCAGAUGUUGGAGAUAACGUGCAAUCGCAGACAAACAAACGGCUAAGUCUUCUAGAACAGUCAUUCAGAAGAUUCAGUGUCAUACAUGCCUCAAUACUUCUCUUAGAAGUGAUACUGUGUGCUCUCCUCAUCUCAGGCUUUAUAGUGUUAAAUCAGACGAGGCGGGCAGUAGGGUCAAAAAUCUCCCUCGAUGGCUUAUCACAGCUCGGAUCAUAUAAUACUUCUAUGAAAUUUCAGGAUGGCUCCAAACAUAUGGCUGAUUCGCAUGAUGCCGAUAAAUAUUGGAGAGAUCUUCUUGAUAGCGGAGGCGUGAUAUCCUUGAAUUCAGACUGGGCUCGGAAACAAGGAUUGAGACCAUCAGCGCAAUCACCAACAGAUCCUUCCCAGAGUAUUUACCAAGUGGACGUAUUUCAUGCCCUUCACUGUUUAAACGCAAUACGCCAAAACCUCAUGUCAAAGACACCUCCUCCGUGGGACGAGACGCAUAUGCUUCACUGCCUUGACUACGUUCGCUCCCAACUACUUUGCCAUCCAGACUUGACACUUGUCACAACCAACGAUUUGGAGGAAUUCGUUCUCGACGAAGUACAUACAUGUCGCGACUAUAGUGCGAUGGCCGACUGGGUAUAUAGGCAUCGGUGGGUUGAAUUUCCGGAAUGGCUAAAGACAAAAACUGCGAAGAACAAUGGCCACGAGGCGACUCACAAUCACACGAUGGCUGGGCCCUCAGGCCACGAUCACUCAUAA